AUGUUUAGGGAGGUUCAUGAGCAUGCAAUCGCUAAUGUGCCGCCAGCUGAGGAGAAGAGAUAUUGGCAGAGAUACAUAUACUUGUGGAUCAAUUUUGCUCUCUAUGAAGAACUGGAUGCAGGAGACAUUGAGAGAACACGGGAUCUGCCCAAUUUGAAAUUCCAAUUUGAAAUUCGGCAGUUGAAUCUUGCAGGUGCUCGACAAAUUUUAGGCAAUGCCAUUGGCAAAGCUCCCAAAGAUAAGAUCUUUAAGAAAUAUAUCGAAAUAGAGCUGCAACUUGGUAAUAUUGACCGUUGCCGAAAGCUUUAUGAGAAAUAUUUAGAGUGCACACCAGAAAAUUGUUAUGCUUGGAGCAAAUACGCAGAACUGGAGAGAUCUCUGGCUGAAACUGACCGAGCACGAGCAAUUUUUGAACUUGCUAUAGCACAGCCAGCCUUGGGCAUGCCAGAGUUGUUGUGGAAGGCAUAUAUUGAUUUUGAGAUCUCCGAAGGUGAAUAUGACAGAACUAGACAACUUUAUGAGAGACUAUUGGACUGGACAAAGCAUUUGAAGGUCUGGGUUAGCUAUGCUAAAUUUGAAGCAUCCGCCAUGGAUGAGGUUGUUGAUGGUGCAGAUUCUUUGGAAGAACGCCGAAGAGUAUUAUUCGGGCUGGGUUAACUGGAGAGAUCUUUGGCUGAAACUGACCGAGCACGAGCAAUGGUUGUUUGACAGAGGCAGAAGAACGCCGAAGAGUAUUAUUCGGAUGAGACAAUCUGAAGAGGGUUAGUAAUGGAUCAGAAAAUCUGAAAUAUAUUAGCGAGGGAAGGGUGUUUUAGUUUUUUAGUUUUCAAUUAACGGAAAAAAACUCACUUUUCGGACGGAAGGACCUUUUAAUUAGAUGAAGUUAAACCUGAAGGACUAGUUAUAUAUUAGUGGAAACCUUGGGAUUAGUUG